AUGGUUCUGCGGGAUCGGCGAGGCGCUAACCAGGUACUGUCACCGGAUCGCGGUCGCGUUUUCCACCUCUUGGUGGUUUCUCUGGUGCUCCCGGUGCUCGGGCGUGGGCUGAAGGUGCAGCACAAGUUCGUCUCGCCCACCGCCACUAACAACUUCGCCCUGGAUGGGGCGGGCGGCAGGAUCUACCUGGCGGCGGUCAACCGGCUUUAUCAACUCUCGGCUCCCAACCUGACUCUGGAGGUGGAAGAGCAGGUGGGCCCCAAGGAGGACAACCCCUUGUGCCACGCUCCCCAGCUGCCCCAGGCGUCCUGCGAGCAUGCCAAGAAGCCGACCGACAACUACAACAAGCUGCUGCAGCCGGACCCGGAGCAAGGCAUCCUGGUGGUCUGCGGCUCGGUCUACCAGGGUUUCUGCCAACUGCGGAGCAUGGACAACAUCUCGGUGGUGGCCGUCCCAUUCCCACCUCGGACAGGUGGAGGAGAAGGCGGCGACCAGGUCACGGUCUUCCCCAGCAUGCUCAACGUGGCGGCCAACCACGCCAACGCUUCCACCGUCGGCUUGGUGCUCAAGCAGUCCGGGCAAGACACGAGGCUCUUGGUGGCCGCCACUUACACGGGUUUGGGCAGCCCGUUUUUCCCGCGCAACGCCAGCCUGGAAGAUCACCGUUUCGAGAACACGCCCGAGAUCGCCAUUCGGGCUCUCAACGCCCGCGGGGACCUGGCCCGGCUCUUCACUUUCGACAUCAACCCGUCCGACGACAACAUCUUCAAGAUCAAGCAGGGCGCCAAGGAUCGGCACAAGCUCAGCUUCGUCCGCGCCUUCCUCCACCGGGGAAGCCAAGGCGCAGCGCCCUCUCGCCCGGAAGGGGGCGCCUCCUCCUAUGCUUACUUGGCCCUCAACAGCGAGGCGAAUGCGCGCGAAAAGGAGAGCCACUCGCACAGUCUUUUGGCUCGCAUCUGCUUGGGGGACCCGGCCGAGGCGACCCCUCUCAACAGCAGCGGCGGCGGCAACGGCGAGACGAAAAAGUUGACCGAGUCUUACAUUCAAAUGGCGUUGCAAUGCAGCCACCCCGGAGCCGGCGGAGUCACGCCGGGAGCUUCCAGCGGGGAUCUCUUCAACAGGCUGGUCUCCGUCUUUCCCGCUCGCGCCGCCCUGCAGGUGGAUCCCGGGAGUCCUUCCUCGCCCCAGCCGGAGGAGUUGCUCUUCGGGGUUUUUGAGAAAGCUGCCUCACCAGGGACCGGGCUUGGCGGUCGACAGGCUCCGCAGCCCUCGGCGCUCUGCGUCUACCGCUUCGCGGAGAUCGAGGACGCUAUCAGGAUGGCCAGAAACUCGUGCUUCGUGGCGCCGGACGCCGACCUGGUCACUGUGCUGGACAGCGUCGUGCAAGGGACCGGGCCUGCCUGCGAGAAGAGGAAAAUCCAGAUUAAUCUGAACAGUUCCAUGGAGGUCAUAAGCAGGGAGUCAAUUAUGGUGGCUUACAGUGAACCUGUCCAUCCUAUUAUGCAGUUUGAUCCAUCUGAUUCCAGUUACUUGUAUUUAAUGACUUCUCAUCAGAUUGCUCGUGUGAAAGUAGCUGCUUGUGACCAAUACACUAAGUGUACAGACUGCUUGGCUGCAGCUGAUGCUUACUGUGGAUGGUGUACUUUGGAGACCAGGUGUUCACUGCAGCAUGAAUGCGCCCAUUCGGAAGAGUCCUAUUUCUGGAUCAGUGCCAAUGAGGGAGUACAACAAUGCCCUUCAAUGACCACAAUGCCUUCAGAAAUAAAUAUCGAGAACGAAAAUGAGGGUAUGAUAAUCCAAAUAAAUGGGAACAUUCCAAAUAUGAACGGAAUGGAAAUAGCUUGCAAUUAUGGAAAUAAUAUCCAAACCACUGCUAAAAUUCAUCCCCAAUCUCACAACCAAGUAAUUUACUGCAGUUUUCUUCCCAGAGAGAGCUACCCAGCCUUUCCAUUAAAUCAAGAUCAUGUAAUUAUUCAAACUGCAGUCCAGGUCAACGGAAAAAACAUUGUGUGGGCCAAUUUCACCAUCUAUGAUUGCAAGAGAACUGGAAAUAUUUAUCCAAAGACAGCAUGUAUUAGUUGCCUGUCAGCUAAAUGGAAAUGUUAUUGGUGUCCUAGAAGAAGCUCCUGUGUAUCCAAUGUGACUGAAUGUGAGAAUUCAGUACAGAUUACUAACAGUACUGAUUGUCCACAGAUUGUGCCUGUUUCUCUUGCACCAGUAUCCACAGGGACUUUACAGGAGAUUACAAUCACUUUGAGAAAUGCUGCUUUUAUAAAGGAAAUGCCUUUGGAGUGUCACUUUGAAACUGAAAGUGAUAGGAUAUUUGAAGCUCAGUGGCUAAAUGCAUCUGCUGUUCAGUGUACUAAUGUGUUGCUUCAUACCUUCCAGAAAAGACAUUUAUUUCUGGUAAAUCUUCAAUUGAAAGGAAGACCUGAAAAAUUUAUUGACAGUCCACAGAUGAUGACAGUGGAGAUUUAUAAUUGUGCAAUUGGAAGUGCUGAUUGCUCUCAGUGCCUUGGGAGAGAAGAUCUUGGUCAUCAGUGCAUUUGGAGCGAGAUCACGUCUAACUGCAGACUAAAUACUGAAGCCUCCCAGAUCCCAGCCAUGUGUCCUCCUCCUGAAAUUAGGAAGAUAACACCCAUCUCACUCUCAUUUGCAGCCAUAUCAUACUGUUACCUUAUGUUUUGUUUCCAAUUUACCACUAAGAUCUUUUUGCCCCAAGUAUCUUUAUCAGCCAGAAUUGUUUGCUGGACUGGAGAAGCAACAGAAGAAUUUUCUGAUGUGGUGACAGUUAAUGUGAGCAAAGAAGGGAAAUCCAAGGAGCGAUUUUCUUAUAUACUCCCAGUAGUGAAAUCUAUGUUUCCAUCUGUUGGACCAAAAGCUGGAGGUACCAAAGUAACUAUCACAGGAAAUAAUCUCAGUAUAGGAUCCAAGCUUCAGGUUUUGCUUAAUACUACAAAAGAAUGCAGAGACAUCAGUCGCACUGAUACCACCAUCAUUUGUACCAUGCCAAGUAUGGAAACUAUUACCCACGUGGUUGUUUGUGUACAAUUUGAAGACAAGUCUUGCAUUGGUUCUAAUAACUUUCAAUAUGAGAAAAAUCCAAGUAUAACAGAUAUCAACCCCAAAAAGAGUCCAAUCAGCGGCGGCAGAACCAUCACUGUGGAAGGAAAUGGAUUUUUGAUGGCUCAGAGUAUGUCAAUGGUUGUUCGUGCUGUUGGAAAAGAACAAAUGAACUGUAAAGUUCACUCGGACACUGUGAUCACCUGCCCUUCUCCGGCUGCCUCUAAUCUUACUGGAAGCAAGCCAGCAUUAGUGGACUUUUUCAUCAAUGGACUCCUGUAUACCGACGAGAGCCUUUUCCCCUUUGAAUACCCUGAGGAAGCUGUACAUGUUAGCAAAUUUCACAUGGAAUACUAUACAGAUCCCCAGUUUUUCACAGCCAAUAAAGAGAAAUUGAUUAAACAUCAUCCUGGAGAGCCUUUCACCCUUGUUAUACAUAUCCAAGUUGGGAAAUUCAAUCAAACAAUUGCUAUGUUGCAUCUUGGAGGAAGUGAAACAGCUAUCACAGUUUCAAUAGUCAUCUGUAGCAUCUUACUCCUGUUCUCUAUUGUAGCACUAUUUGUGUUUUGCACCAAAAGCCGACGGGCAGAGCGUUACUGGCAAAAAACUCUGCUGCAGAUGGAAGAGAUGGAGUCCCAGAUUCGGGAAGAAAUCCGUAAAGGUUUUGCUGAACUUCAGACAGAUAUGACAGAUCUUACCAAGGAGUUAAAUCGCAGCCAAGGAAUUCCAUUUCUUGAAUAUAAAUACUUUGUGACUCGCACUUUCUUUCCCAAAAUGCAAUUUGGCCUCCUUGCUUACUGUUGCAUUGCAUGGGAAACUGGAGUACUACACCAGCAUCAUGAAGGACCUCUUGGUAGAUCUCAUUGAUGCUUCUGCUUCUAAAAACCCCAAGCUUAUGCUGAGAAGGACAGAAUCUGUGGUUGAGAAGAUGCUGACCAACUGGAUGUCUAUCUGCAUGUACAGCUUCCUCAGAGAAACCGUAGGGGAGCCCUUUUUUCUGCUGUUGUGUGCUAUUAAACAACAGAUCAAUAAAGGAUCUAUUGAUGCCAUCACUGGAAAAGCAAGAUACACACUUAAUGAAGAAUGGUUAUUGAGAGAGAACAUCGAAGCAAAGCCAAGGAAUCUUAAUGUGUCUUUCCAAGGCUGUGGAAUGGACUCUCUGAGCGUUCGAGUAAUGGAUACAGAUACGCUCAGUCAAGUUAAAGAGAAGAUACUUGAAGCCUUUUGCAAGAAUAUUCCAUACUCCCAAUGGCCAAGAGUGGAAGAUGUUGACCUAGAAUGGUUUGCCACAAGCACUGACAGUUACAUCCUCCGGGACCUUGAUGACACUUCCGUGAUGGAAGAUGGCAGGAAAAAACUGAACACCUUAGGACAUUAUAAGAUCCCUGAUGGAGCAUCCCUAGCCAUGAGUUUAACAGAUAAAAAAGACAACACUUUAAGUAGAGUAAAAGACUUGGACACUGAAAAAUACUUUCAUUUGGUCCUUCCCACAGAUGAACUAAAUGAACAUAAAAAAUCGUAUCGACAAAGUCAUAGGAAAAAAGUUCUUCCUGAAAUCUACCUAACCAGAUUGCUUUCCACAAAGGGCACACUGCAAAAAUUCCUGGAUGAUUUAUUCAGAGCCAUUCUGAGUAUCCAAGAUGACAGGCCACCUUUGGCAAUUAAAUAUUUCUUUGAUUUCUUGGAAGAGCAAGCAGAGAAACGGGGAAUCUCUGACCCAGACACAUUGCACAUUUGGAAAACCAACAGCCUACCUCUGAGAUUUUGGGUCAACAUUCUAAAGAAUCCCCAAUUUGUCUUUGAUAUCGACAAAACUGACCACAUAGAUGCCUGUCUUUCUGUAAUAGCUCAGGCCUUCAUUGAUGCCUGUUCCAUCUCUGACCUGCAGUUGGGCAAGGAUUCACCUACUAAUAAAUUAUUAUAUGCUAAGGAGAUUCCUGAAUAUAGAAAAAUUGUACAGAAGUAUUACAAACAGAUCCAUGAUAUGCCACCUCUUAGUGAGCAGGAAAUGAAUGCCCAUCUAGCAGAGGAAUCCAGGAAAUAUCGGAAUGAGUUUAACACCAAUGUUGCCAUGACAGAGAUUUAUAAAUAUGCCAAGAGAUAUCGCAAUCAGAUAGUGAAUGCGUUGGACUCCAACUCUACCACAAGACGCACUCAGCUGCAGCACAAAUUUGAGCAAGUGAUUGCACUUAUGGAAGACAAUAUUUACGAGUGCUGCAGUGAAGCAUAGGUAUCAGACUGAACUUUCUUCCUGUGUUUAGAAGUGACCUUCUCUGCAGUGCACUGUCUUUUCAGAAACACCCUUUCUAAGUCAUUGUUUGUCAAUAAGUACCCCGCUGUAUGUAUAUGAUGAUUAAGAAACCAACUUGAUAGCAGAUCUGCCCCCAUCUUACACUAUCUGGAGUGGUGUCCACUAAACGGCUUGAAAUUUACUAGAGGAUCUGCACUGCAUGGCUCCCAUAACUUAUUUGCCCUCCUGAUCAUCUUCAAAAUGGCCAUUUUUUACUUCAUUCAUUUUCCCAGAGAAAAUCUUUGCGCACCAAAGGAUAUGGAGGUUGUUGAGACAAAAGCAGCAACAACUCAGGGAAUAAUGAAUGAAGGUUUCAAAAGGCUCUCAGAUCCACAAAGGAAUUCUCUCUAUAAACAGUGCCCCUCUUUCUUCUGUGUACUUUAAAUAUCAGGGAAUCCAUUUACUGUACACAGUUUGCUGCAUUAUAUGUAUUUUGUGCCUUUUAUUUUUGUACUAUAUGUGUAACAUAGCCACGCCAUCCUCCAACAUUGGAAAGAGGUGGAGAUUUCAUAGGCUCCACAAUGCAGUUCCUUCCCGAAUAGACACGGCAUGUGAAAGCACUUUAUCUCGUCACAAAAACGGCUGUUACCUUGCUGAAGGGAUUAUUGUUGCGUAGCGAACAAGAGUCAGAAAACCAACCAAUCCGUGCAGAUGUUCCCACUUCUCCAAACUUCCCAGAUAUUCCUGUAGGUUGAUUUUGCACUCGGAAAACUCUCUGACUGCCCUCGGACUGCUUAAGGAAUAAUUUUCCAUAGAAGGAAAAAUAGACGUGUGCUGCAGGGCCAAAGGAAUGUGCUUUCUUCCCUGCCCCUGCUAGUUCAAAGGGUAUAUAUAUAGGGCUGAACUCUCAGCUCAGCUUAAACCCAAAGUUCAUAACAGUUGGUUUAAUGUAAGGCCACUGUUAAUUCUCAUUAGAACAAAAACAAUGGUAUGUAUUUCCGUUCCAAUUGCUAUCUGAAGGGAACUUUUUUGUGCAGUGUCCUGCAUUUGCCAGCAUCAUUGCGAAGUGUCAUGUAUUGCUAACUUUGAUGCCUGAAAUGUUCCCUUUACCCUUACGUUGUCCUCUCUGUUGUGAAGGAGAGAAUAUCAGUAGUUCUAGUACUCUCAAAAUUCCCCUUUGGUACCUUAGGUAGUUGCCUUCAGGCAGUAGAUGUUUUGUAUAAGAAGAUGAAAACUCAUCACAAACACUGACGCCGACACACGCCCUUGACAAUGCCAAGCUCAUGAACUGCCAAAUAAUGCUCAAAGCAUACCACACUACCUCACCAAAAACAAGGGAGGAGUUGCCACAGUUUUGAGGCUGAAUUGAUUGUGGGGUGAAUUUCAGUUUUUUAAUCAAAAUCUUGUCCUUGACAGUUACCUUACUUCAGAUAUAACUUUCCAAAAUGCCUAGUGUUAGUAUAUUAUUUGGGGAGCUGAUAUGUCAUGAUGGAUUUUAUAUAUUGCUAUAUUGAAAUACAGAUUUUAUCCAGGGCAAAAAUAAAGAGGAAUAUAGAAGACCUGAAAACAGAACUUCAAAAAGUUACGCUCACUGAAGAAAUGUACAUGUAUUUGCCAAGAGACUGGUUGUGGAAGAGAAAUCUAAGAAUGUAGCUGGGCUACAUUUAACUUGACAGAAGUUGUUUGUUUCCUUCAAAAUUAUUAUUAUUUUUAAUCGUGAGGAGCUGCCCAGUUACACACAUACUUAAGGAAAACUCAGGAAUGGGAGGGGGGACCCUAUUCUGAUUACCAUGAGAGGAGGGAAAUGGAUUGAAAUUGAAGCAGGUUUAACAAAUGUGCUAUUUUGUCUGUGCAGGAAGUUAUAAUUUUGGCAUCAACAGCCAGCCUAGUUCCUACAUAGAAUUGGAUGAGCAGAAAGCUCUUAGCUAAUAUGACUGAUCUUCCUUUCCCCCUGAAAGGUCCUAUCCUGAGUAUGACUAGAGGUAGUUGUGGUGCUCCAAGCUGUGUGCUUGGUGCACAAGUGUGAUGGCCUAUGCUUUGUUAUUUAAUUCUUUGUUCAAAUAUUUGCUUCAGUCAUUGAAAAUAAAUAAGUUGUCUGCAAGGUGGAAAAUGAGGGGAGCCCAACUUUAUUGUAAUAUAUAUAUAUUAUAACUUUGUCAAGUUAUUUGUGAGUGUUUCCCCCCUUUACCUGGUGUUUAAUGGAAGUGGCAAAAUCCUUCAGGUGCUGGGGGAUAUCUUUGUAAUAAAACAAGUUGAUCAAA